UGCUAAAUUGCUGCCUUGGUGAAAAAAAUUAUCAGUAGAGCUUUACAUAAAAGAUCCAGUCUUUCAAGAACCACGGUCCUGGAGGGGUAGGUAUGUGACUUGGGUUAAUGGACUGAUCUACUAAGAAAAGAAUGAAGCUUUAGCUUCACAGCCCUAAUCCUGGAGGAGCUGCAGAACUUUAGUCCACAGUAAAAAAAAAAUUGUAGUGAUCUGUUAUGGAACAACCCCACUGAAGAAGAUAAGUGGUUACCCAGACCGCAUUGCUGAUUGUGAAAGGUCCCCCCUGUAACAGUCCAAGCUUCAGAUUUAUUUCCUGGACUAUCCAUGCACAAUCUGAAGAUGUUUUUGACUUUGUUCCUUGUUAUUCUUGGGACACAGACUUCUAUAACCCAGAAACAUGGCACUGAGUCAGCAGACAUCGUCCUUUUGAUUGACAGCUCAGAUACACUUGGAAAAAGAGCCUUUUCCAUGAUGAGAUCUUUUGUGAACAGAAUGAUUAACGGUCUGACGAUAGGCCCAAACAAAUACCGUGUGGCCCUUGCACAGUACAGUGAUGACAUAUUCGUUGAAUUCCAGCUGGACGAAUUCCAAGCAAAGAGCCCCAUGUCGAAUCACAUUAAAAAGAACCUCUUUUUCAAAGGUGGAUCUUUAAGGACAGGAAAUGCCAUUCAAAAUGUUCAUGAGAUUUUUUUCAAAACACCAAUGGAAGACAGGAACCGGAUUGUGGUGGUUGCAACUUCAGGGAUGUCAGAAGAUGACGUGGAGAGGCCUGCCAGGCUACUUCAACAGGAGGGGGUAAAAAUCAUAGCUUUGGGAACACAGGGUGCAUCUCUGCAAGAGCUUGAGUCAAUAGCUACUCAUUCAUUCUAUUACAAGUUUGAAGCGCCAAAGGAUUUCCUUGUAUUUUCUCAAAAUAUGUCCAAUGUGAUUGAAUCUGCUAUAACAGUGGGCACUGAAGUCAUCCCAACAACUCCUCCACCGACUACUCCACCAAGGAUUCAAAAUGAAACAACUAAAGUGGCAGACUGUCAUGGUGAUUCAGUUGCAGAUGUUGUCUUUGUGGUGGAUGAGAGCAUUUCCCAUGCUGAUGUUACACAUGUCAGAAAAUUCUUAGAAAAUACAGUGAACUCUCUUGAUGUGAACAAAGACUGCAUAAGAAUUGGCCUUGUGACGUACAGCACUGAGCCACGAGUUCUGUCUUUUCUGAGCAAUGAAACAGAGAAAAGUGACAUUUUGCAGCAAAUUCAGAGCUUUUCUCCCAGAAAAGGAAAAGCUAACCUGGGUGCUGCCAUUAAUGCUACCAGGAAACAAGUUUUUGCUAGACAUGCUGGAGGCAGGAAGUCUCAAGGAGUAGAACAAAUAGCCACCAUCAUCACUCACAGACCCUCAGACGACUCUAUAAUAGAUGCAGCUAAUCUCUUGCUGCGGGCCGAUGUGACAGUAUUUGCCAUUGGUAUUGAAGGAGCUAAUAUCACCCAGUUAGAAAAGGUAGUAUCAUAUCCACCAAAUAAGAAUGUUAUACAACUGCUGAAAUUCUUUGACUUGCCAAGUAAGGUUGACAUGUGGCAGAAGAAACUCUUCAAUCAAAUACAGGACACGAUCUAUGUUCAGUCUGCAAGAAAAAUACACCUCAAAGCAGGAUGUGAGGACACAGAAAAGGCUGAUAUUUAUUUUCUCAUUGAUGGUUCCACAAGCAUUCAUUCCGAUGAUUUCAAAAAAGACAUGAAAACCUUCCUGAAGGAAGUCAUCAGACUGUUUACAGUAGGACCUGAUCAUGUCCGAUUUGGAGUUGUGCAAUAUUCGAACAAUCAUAAGGUAGAAUUUGAAGCUCAUGUGCACACUCAAAGCAAAAGCCUAGAAAAAGCCAUUAAUAAUAUCAGACAACUGACAGGAAAAACUUAUACUGGAGCAGCUUUAAAGGCCAUGCUGCCAUUGUUUGAAAAGGCUACAAAGGAGCGUAAUAGCAAAGUGCCGUGCUAUCUCAUUGUGUUGACAGAUGGGAAAGCGCACGACAAUGUGCUGGUACCUGCCACAAUGCUGAGGAACACAAAGAUCAACAUUUAUGCUAUUGGUGUGAAAGGUGCUAAUGUCACCCAACUGCAUGAGAUUGCAGGCUCAGAAUUAAGGGUAUUCAAUGUGCAACAGUAUGUCUUCUUGAAAAAUAUAAAAAAUGAUAUUGUUCGAAGCAUAUGCUCUAAAGAAGCUUGUAAGGAAAAGAAAGCUGAUGUCAUGUUCCUAGUGGACAGCUCCAGUAGCAUAGGUGCUGAAAACUUCAAGAAAAUGCAGAAGUUCAUGAAGGAAGUGGUGAACCAGUCUGACAUUGGCCUAGAUCGAGUACAUGUUGGCAUUGUCCAGUUCAGUAGCACACAAAAAGAAGAAUUUCAGCUCAACAAUUACUCAACAAGAAGCGACAUCAUUGCGGCCAUUGGAAGAAUGUCUGCCUUGAAUCAGAGCAUACUCACGGGAGAAGCAUUGCAGUUUGUGGCAAAUUAUUUCACACCCGCUAAAGGAGCCCGGCCUUCUGUCAACAAAAUUCUGAUCCUAAUCACUGACGGGAAAGCACAGGACGAAGUAAAAACUCCAGCCAAAGCCCUCAGGGAGAAAGGCAUCAUAAUCUAUUCUGUUGGAGUAUUUAAUGCCAAUAAAACUCAGCUAGAAGAGAUAAGUGAGAAACCUGAAAAUGUGUUUUAUGUAGAAAACUUUGAUAUUCUAAACCAGAUAGAAGACAAAAUCAUUUUUGGCAUAUGCACCCCUUAUAAACCUGACGAUUGCAAAAGGACUGGAGCUUUAGAUAUUGUUUUUGUACUAGACAGUUCUCACAGUAUAGGUAAGCACAAUUAUGGUCUCAUGAAGGACUUCCUAAUCAAUAUCGUGAAUAAAUCUGAUGUUGGCCAGGACAGAGUUCAGUUUGGGGCUGUGAAGUAUUCUACUUCUCCACAAACUCUGUUCUACCUUAACACGUAUAGUGACAAAUCAGCCAUCAUUGCACACAUCCAGAAUGACGUCCUUUUAGACGACACAACAUAUACAGCAGCAGCUCUUCGACACACUGAAGCUUUGUUCACUGAGAAGCAUGGCAGCCGCAAACGCAGGGGGGUCCCUCAGGUUCUUAUCGUCAUAACAGAUGGUGAUUCUCAUGAUAAGGAGAAACUUGAUGAAGUCUCAACUAGAUUGAGAAACAGCGGAAUUACUAUCUUUGCCAUUGGGAUAAAAGAUGCAAAGCGUGGGGAACUUAUGAUCAUGGCUGGAAAGGAAGAUAAAUGUUUUUAUGUGGAUGAAUUUGAUGGCCUAAAAAAUCUGACUGUAAUAGAUGACUACUGCCCACCACGAGCAUGUGAUAUCUACGCAGACAUUGUUUUCCUGAUCGAUGGUUCCGAAAGUGUAUCUGGAGUCUUUGAGAAAGUGAAGGACCUCUUGAUAGAGCUGGUUGAUUUGGUUGGUUAUAAUGGAAAUGUUGUUUUUGGCAUGGCCCAAUUUAGUGACAAAUAUCAUGAGGAAUUCUCUCUGGGUCAUUAUCAAAACAAAUCCGAGUUGAAGGAUAAAAUUGCUAAGGUUACAAUGCAGAAAGGAAAUAAAACAUACAUUGGUAAAGCACUCACUGAAGUGAAAGCCUUCUUCAAAUCACCAAAACGCAGAGUAGCUCGGAGUGCCCACCAAAUGUUAGUAGUAAUCACAGAUGGAAGAUCACAUGACAGCUUUGCUAAACCAGCAGAGGACCUGAGAAAUGAAGGCAUAGAGAUACAUGCAAUUGGAGUGGGAAAUGUCAGUCACAUCAGACUUCAACAGGUGACAGACUCCCCAGACAGGAAAUAUACAGCUGCUAAUUACAGUGAACGGACUGGUAUUACAAAACGCAUAACGAAUGAAAUGUGUAAAGAUGAUGACAAAUCAAAAUGUUUCGUAGAUGUUCUUCUGGGAUUUGACAUCUCCUCUCAGAAGUCAGGGGACCACUUAUUCAAAAACCAACAACUUUUGGAGACCUACCUUCCUGGUAUUAUAAAAGACUUCACCUCUACAAGUACUGUGAGUUGCAACAAAGGAACAACCACACAGUACAGUGUGGCAAUUCCAAUAGAGAAUUCCAACCCUCCUAUUUUGGCCGCUCUCCAUGUUGAUGAAAGGCAAAUCCUGGAGAAACUCAAAAAUGUUGUGAUCAACAGUCCAUCAUAUCUCAAUGUCAAUUUUUUGGACACUCUUUGGAAUUCAUUUCAAAACCUAUCUGAUAAUGAAAGCCGAAGCAAGGUACUAAUUCUUUUCUCUGAUGGCUUGGAUGAUGAUAUAGAAGCACUUGAAAAAAAAUCAGAAGAACUCAGAAAACAAGGACUGGAUGGAAUAAUAACAGUUGUCUUGGAAGGAGCCACUGAUUUCCAUGAUCUUCUGUAUAUGGAAUUUGGAAAGGGAUUUGGAUAUAAUGAUCAAUUAACUACUGGCACACAUAAUAUUGCCACCAGGCUCUUUGAGUAUGUGGACAAAAUUGCUGAGAGAACAUGCUGCUGUGUGCAUUGCAAGUGUGUUGGAGAGGAUGGCCUUCCUGGAGAAAUAGGGGAAAUGGGAUCUAAGGGAUCUGUUGGUCCAGAGGGCAAUCGAGGACAUUUAGGAGAAGAUGGAGAACCUGGUUCCAGAGGUUUUCCUGGACCAGAUGGAGACAAAGGAUGUAGGGGAGAUCAAGGGAAUAAAGGUCAGAAGGGGCUGCGAGGACACAGGGGAGAAAAGGGAAAGAAUGGGAUUGAUGGACUUAGUGGAAUUGAUGGUGAAGAGGGAUCAGAGGGACCUCCGGGACUCAGAGGAGAAAAAGGGGACCCAGGCCAGGCGGGCAGCCCGGGACCAAGAGGACAUCCUGGUGAUUAUGGUCAGAAAGGCUUCCAAGGAGAUCCUGGUAAUCCUGGAAUGAUCAGUUACAUACGAGGAGAGACUGGCUUCACAGGGCUGCCGGGAAGCCAGGGAGAAAGAGGACCAAGGGGUCCAGCAGGUAUGAGGGGAUCCAGAGGAAACAAAGGAGCAGAGGGAAGAAGAGGAAUUCCAGGCCCACCGGGACAGGAAGGAACCCGUGGUCCAGAUGGUUUGCCAGGAGAACAAGGAUUUCAAGGUCCACAGGGGCCAAUGGGAAUUCCUGGCGUAAAAGGAGAAAAGGGAUAUUCAGGAAAUGAAGGCCCUCAGGGAAGCACUGGAGUGGGAGGCCUUAAAGGCAACCAAGGGAAACCUGGAUCCAGAGGAAAUAAAGGAGAACCUGGUGAUCCUGGAGAAAAAGGAGAAAGAGGCUUCCGUGGUCUGCGAGGAACAAGGGGAGAAGAUGGAGCUGCUGGGUAUGGCAAACCAGGAAUAAAUGGAUCCAAGGGAGAAGAAGGGUUCCCAGGAUACAUUGGAAGAAACGGCAUAGCUGGAGACAGCGGCAUUCCUGGGGAAGUAGGACCAAAAGGAAAUAAAGGAAGAAUGGGUAAUCCAGGAUUCAAAGGUGGGGAAGGUGAUCCAGGAAUAAGGGGUUAUCCAGGACGUCCAGGUGCCAAAGGAGCCCGGGGCCUGGCCUCAUUUUCGCCCUGCAAACUGAUAGAGUAUGUGCGUGGCCAUAGCCCUUGUUGGAGAGGUACACCAGAAUGCCCUGUAUAUCCCACAGAAUUAGUGUUUGCCCUGGACAUCUCGCAAGACACCACUCGCCAGCUCUUUCAACAUAUGAAGGAGAUUGUCACCGAGAUUGUGAACAUUACCAAAAUCAGGGAGAGCAGUUGCCCAGUGGGAGCCAGAGUGGCUGUGGUGUCCUACAAUUCCGAUACCCACUAUCUGAUCCGUUUCCCGGAUUUCCGCAGCAAGAGCCGGUUGCUCCAAGAAGUCAAUGCACUUUCAUACCAGAGAUCAACAAGCAGACGGGACCUUGGUGGGUCAAUGAGAUUCGUUGCCAGGAACAUCUUCAAGCGAACUCUCCAGGGUGACAACGUGAGGAAAGUUGCUGUGUUUUUCAGUAAUGGCCAGUCUGACCAUCCUAAUUCCAUCAACACUGCAGUCCUGGAGCUCAGCGCCUUAGAUAUCCAACCAGUGGUCAUUGCUUUCAAAAACAUCCCUGAAGUCAAACGUGCUUUUGAGAUGGAUACCACAGGAUUGUUUCAGGUUAUUAAUAUUAAUCAGGAUGGUGAUUAUAGUCUACUCUUACAAAGACUGAAGUCCUGUGUACUUUGCUAUGACAAGUGCAAACCAGAUGAAUCUUGCUUCCGUCAGGAAAUCUCCCAGCCUCGGGCUUACAUGGAUGCUGCUUUCAUUUUGGAAAGCUCACGGAAAAUAAGCCGGGUGGAAUUUGACAAACUCAAAGACUUCCUAAGCACAGCCCUUGACAACUUUGAUGUUUCUGACAAUCCAGAGGACUCUUUGAGAGGUGACAGAGUGGCUGUUGUGAGUCAUGCUCCGAGAGAAUUCAUACCGAAAAGAAAGGGGAGUCCUGUCAAGAUUGAGUUUGACUUUGUGAAAUAUGCCACUAAAGGACGAAUGAAGAGACAUAUCCAAGAAUCUGUCCAGCAGCUGAAUGGGGAAGCUGCUGUUGGCCAUGCCCUACAGUGGACCAUUGACAAUAUCUUUUCAAAAGCACCGAACCAGAGGAAAUAUAAGGCUAUUUUUAUAAUAUCUACUGGAGUGACAAGUCAGUGGGAUAAGGAAAUGCUCAGCGAUGCAUCACUGAGAGCCAAGUGUCAAGGCUAUGCUCUCUUUGUGCUCUCCAUAGGCCAGGAGUAUGAUGAUUUCGAACUAAGGGAACUGGCAAGCAUCCCUCUGGAACAUCACUUGAUCCAGCUCGGCAGGAUCCACAAGGCUGAGUUCAGAUAUGCAGAGAACUUUCUAAAGCCAUUGAUACUGUUCCUUAAAAAUGAAAUCAACAGCUAUCCACAUGCCCAGCUCAAUAGAAUGUGUACAAACAUCCGUGUCCAGAAGCCUAUAUGGGUUGAUCUACAGAAAGAAAGUUCACUGAUUGUGCCAGGUGGCGUUUUGGAUGAAGAUGAAGAGAUUGUUUUCUCAGGAAUACCUACCAAGUGAUUCUGAAAAUGUCAUCAGCACUGCAUACCAGCAGACCACUGUACUCAGAAAUUAACUACAUGCUCAGACUGACCAUUUGAAUGAAGAAAUAACCUCUGCAGAAUCUUGCCAAGAAGACUUCUGUUCUCCUUGUUGUUGAUACUUCUGUUUCAUUUGCUUAGAAAACAGAAAACAGAAAAUCAAAAUAGCACAACAUUUUUCAGGAAACUAUUUGAAGUGUACAAACUGAUAGUUAUGACAAGACCAUUUCAGGAAUGUAUAGAUUACAAGAUUCAAAUCAUGUGAUACACCUCUUCCUCAUUUUGAAUAUUCUGGGGGAGUGGAAUAAAAACAUGAAAAUCAUGAAUUGUAGAUGCCUAAAAACCGUAAGAACGGUGUUCUAGUUUCAAGGGAAUUUGCAGUUUUCUCCCAACUAACCCACUUUGGAGGUGCUAUGUUUUGCAAUGGGGAACUUAAUACAUAUCCUUUGCUGUUGGCUUGGUAUGCAGAAUAUACUCAUAGUUUUAUUUUGUGAGCAAG